GGCCACCAAGGGGAUGAGCAGGGCCACCACCAGGAACAGUCAGGGCCACCAAGGCCACCAUGAGAGUGAGUAGGGCCACCAAGGGGAUGAGCAGGGCCACCAGAGGAAGGGCAGGGCCACCAGAGGAAGGGCCAGGAAGUGGCCAGCGCCACCAGGGCCACCAUGGGGAUGAGCAGGGCCACCAAGGGGAUGAGCAGGGCCACCAGAGGAAGGGCAGGGCCACCAGAGGAAGGGCCAGGAAGUGGCCAGCGCCACCAGGGCCACCAUGGGGAUGAGCAGGGCCACCACAGGAAGAGGCAGGAGGUGGCCAGGGCCACCAAGGCCACCAAGAGGAUGAGCAGGGUCACCACAGGAAGAGGCAGGAGGUGGCCAGGGCCACCAAGGCCACCCCAGGGGCCACUAUGGAGAUGGCCGGGGGCCACUACUAGGAACAGUCAGGGCCACCACAAGAGGAACCAGGAGGUGGCCAGGGCCACCAAGGCCACCACAGGCGCUGCCACAGGGGCCACCACAGAGGCCACCACCAGGAACAGCCAGGGCCACCACAGGAAGAGGCAGGAAGUGGCCAGGGCCACCAAGGCCACCGUGGCCACCACAGGGACAGCUGCUGCUGGGGCCACCAAGGCCACCACUGAGGUGGCCAAGGCCACUGCCAGGACCACCAAAGGGACCCCCAGGGCCACCAAGAGCCUGGUCAGGGCCACCAUGGGGACAGUCACAGGCAGGGCCACCAAGGUGACCACAGGGACAACCAGGGCUACCAAGACCACUGAGGGAGUGGCCAGGGCCAGCAUGGUGGCCACCAGGGCCACCACGGGGACGGCCACCAGCAGGGCCACUCCAUCAAGGAGGUGGCCACUAGGAGGGACAGGGCCACCAUGGGGCUAGGGCCACCAUAGGGACAGUCGUGGCCACCACAGGGACGGCUGUGGCCACCAUGUGGUCAGGGCCACCAUAGGGACAGUCGUGGCCACCAUGGGGACAAUCAGGGCCACCACAGGGAUGGUCAGGGCCACCACAGGCCCAGGGCCACCGUGGGGACAGUCAGGGCCACCACAGGGAUGGUCAGGGCCAUCAUGGAUUCAGGGCCACUAUAGGGACGGUUGUGGCCACCACGGGGAUGGUCAGGGCCACCAUGGGGUCAUGGCCACCAUGGGGUCGGUUGUGGCCACCACAGGGACGGUUGUGGCCACCAUGGAGUCAUGGCCACCACGGGGACGGUUGUGGCCACCACAGGGUCGGUUGUGGCCACCAUGGGGUCAGGGCCACCACGGGGUCGGUCGUGGCCACCAUGGGGUCGUGGCUACCAUGGGGUCAGUUAUGGCCACCACGGAGUCAGGGCCACUGUGAGGUCAGGGCCACCAUAGGGACAGUCGUG